UAGCAACUUUUUGGUCCAUUCUUGGACACUUCUUCCUCUUCUUUCUUCAUUGUCCCUAUCUUAUCAUUUCCCUUUUUCUACUUUGUCGAUACUUCUGCAAACUUUGAUAAACUUACAUGCUUUUUUUUUUUUUUUUUUUUCUUUGGACCAAUCUUGAAGCUUAACUGUGAGGCUUUUCAAGAUUCUUGGUGAGUUUGUACAGUUCUAUUGUUGGUCUGAUAUUCUUGGGGUUUUGCUCUUUUUCAAAGAUUUGUGGGGAAAAUCAUCAUUUUUAGCUAAUAAGGUGAAGCUUUUUAUGAUUCUUGGUUAGCUUAUAAUUUCCUGCUGUUGGAGUUUGGUGGGUUGGUGUCAACUUUGACAUAAUGCUUUCUUCUAAGAUGCCUGAGAAAGCUGUAAAUUUUGGGUGGGUAAUGAGGUCUAAUAACCCCAAAGUCCAAUGGUGGUUUAAGCUAUUGACAAUGGGUGUUUUUCUUGGAAUCUUGAUUGUAUGGGGGAUUGAUGGUGUUAGUGUGGGUAGUUUUCAGAGAGAUUUUGUUUCGUUGAAGGUGAAUAGUUCAGGAAAGUUUAUUCCUACUUUUAAAGAUUUCAGCUUUACCAAUAUUUCCCUUAGACCCCGUUCAGUAAAUACUCGCCAGAAUCUGAACCGAGAUUUUGCCAAAAAAAAUCUGGUUCCUACAGUCGAACCUCAACCGAUUAAUUUGACUGAAAAUCAAGGUAAUGCCCCCGAUUUCAGUCUUGAAAUGGUGACAAAUUUGUCCCAUAAGGAACCAGUAAGGGUAGAGGUUUCAAGACCAAGAGUUCAUAGGUGGAUUUCUGCUGAAUUAGAGGCAAACUAUUCAUCAAAUCUGCUUACUAAUUGGUUGGCUCCUGGAGGUGAGCCGUGUAGGGAUUCAAGAACUGUGGAUAUAAAAAUCCCUGCUUUGGAUGGUCGUGAGAACAUUGAGUUGUCAACUGGGGAUAUUCAUGAGUUUGUUUUCCAAGCAUUGGAUGAUUCUGGGAAACCCCAUUGUUUGGGUGGUGAUUAUUUUGAAACUGAUAUUGCUGGUGAAACAUGGAAGUCUAGGCCUCCCAUUAAAGAUUUAGGCAAUGGUACUUACCAGUUUACCCUGCAAGUCCACCCUGAUUUUUCUGGGGAUUACAAUCUCACAAUUAUCCUACUGUUUCGACAUCAUGAAGGCCUGAAGUUUUCGCCUGAAAGGUUUGCAUUUGACAAAGUUUUGCGCGUGAUCCCAGUCAAAUUCUCCAAGUCCUCCGUUGAAUUACCUGAAAUGUCUCAAUGCAAGAAGUCGGAUCUUGUUAGGGAUGUGUGGUCUGGUCGAUGGACUCGUCAUGCCAAGAAUGAUAGCUGCCCAAUUAGUAAUGAUGGGCGAUACAGAUGCCAAGAACCAAAUUUUCCAUGCCAAAAACCAUGGUGUGAUGGUCCACUGGGGUCCUUGGAGAGCAAUGGUUGGGUAUAUUCAACACAUUGUUCAUUCAAGAUGUUCUCAAGUGAAGAAGCAUGGAAUUGUUUGAAGGGUCGCUGGAUUUUCUGGUGGGGCGAUUCGAAUCACUGUGACACAGUGAGAAACAUCCUUCAUUUCAUUUUAGACGUGAAUGAUAUAAAGGAGGUUCCAAGAAGAGCUGAUUUGAACAUCAGCAACCCGAGGAAUCCGUCUCAAACAGUUCGAUUUACUAACAUUUUCAAUGGGCAUCCUAACCAGACAGGCAAUUAUCAAGGCUUGAAUUCAUUGAAAGAUGCUGACUAUAGAGAACUUUUGAAAAAGUACUUCUCUGGAGAUGUUGUUCCAGACACUAUAAUUAUGAAUUCGGGAUUACAUGAUGGAGUAUAUUGGCCUAAUAUUAGGCAUUUCAUUGAAGGCGCCAACUAUGCUGCAUCAUUCUGGGCUGAGGUAUUUAAUGGGGUUAGGCAGAGAGGGUUGAGACCACCUGAAGUCAUAUAUAGGACGACAAUAACCACCGGUGGAUAUGCUAGACGAUUAGCAUUUAAUCCAAAUAAAAUGGAGGCCUUCAAUGGGGUAGUCUUGGAUAAGUUUAGGGCAUAUGGUUUAGUUGAUCGCGUCAUUGAUGAUUUUGACAUGACUUACCCUUGGCACUACGAUAACAGAUGCAAUGAUGGGGUGCAUUAUGGCCGUGCUCCCGCCAAGCUAAAGUGGAGGGAUGGCCAGAUUGGGCACCAGUACUUUGUGGACCUUAUGCUUGGUCAUGUGCUGCUCAAUGCAUUAUGUGCAAGAUAGGAGGAGGCAACCAACUUCAAGCAAUUGAUAGAUUUUUGCAAGAGGAAGACUAGGGUGCAAGAAAUUUAGUGAUAUUCUUGAUCUAUCUUUCAGUAUUUACUGUCCAUUAUGUUUUCUGAAAUUUCUUCCACGUUGUAGGCCAAUACUAAAGGUUGUAUAGGGGAACACUAAAGGAUAGUAUUGUUUGUAACUCAAUUUUUGAGCUUCUUAUAGUCCCAUUUGCUUGAACUGUUGUAUAUCUAAAGAAUAUUACUAUUGCCAUUUACUCCA